AUGGAGGCGCCCGCUGACUUAUCUGUGCUUAACCCACACCCGACACUAUCACCCGGCCCGGAUCUCCUCCAUCAUCUUAUCAGACAGCCGGACGAUUCAAUAGCCUUGGACUACCUCGGCAGGAAUAAGCGCGUGUCAUUCUCCUAUCGCCAGCUCCAUGAUGCUGCAGAUGCCCUGGCGGCCAGGAUAUGUCGUGCAUUUGGUGAAUCCAGAGAUCAGUUUGUGGUUCCAGUUCUGGUUCACCAGUCGCCACACUUAUACAUAGCCUUGUUAGCUAUUCUUAAGGCAGGAGGCGCAUUCUGCCCGCUCAAUGUAGAUGCGCCCCCAGACCGAAUCAACUUUAUAUUGAACGAUGUUUCUGCGACCGUGGUCGUGGCAUCCGCGGAGCUGGCCUCCCGUAUACCUCCGCAAAGCGCGGUAAAGGUGCUUAUAGUUGAAGACGAAGAGGAGCCAUGCCUAGAUAGAGACUCUGUCGACUGUCGUGCCCCCAGCACAAGGGACUUGGCGUAUGUCAUGUAUACAUCUGGAUCAACCGGAGUUCCAAAGGGCGUUGGCAUCUCGCACGCUGCAGUAACACAGGCAUUGCUAGCCCAUGAUCAGCAUGUGCCGACGUUUUCUCGCUUCCUCCAGUUUGCCGCUCCGACAUUUGACGUCUCGGUGUUUGAAAUCUUCUUUCCGCUGUUUCGGGGGAGCACGUUGGUUAGUGUCGAUCGAAAGGAGAUGUUGAACGACUUGCCGGCGGUCAUUUCGGAGAUGGAGGUGGAUGCUUGCGAGCUUACACCGACGGUUGCGGCAAGCCUUUUGCGGAAAAGAGAAAAUGUCCCGACGCUACGGUUGCUGUUGACGAUUGGCGAGAUGCUCAAUGAGCCUGUAAUACGAGAAUUUGGCGGGAGCCAAGAUAGGAAGAGUCUACUAUGGGCCAUGUAUGGGCCGACAGAAGCCACAAUUCACUGUACUGUACAAGACGAAUUCACCUCUACGUCUUCAAUAAGAAAUAUUGGCGUACCGCUACCCACCGUGUCGUGCUUUAUAGUUGAGCCUGCAGAAUCGGCAGAAACGAGUAGAGACGUCAAGAUUCUCCCCAAAGGAGAAAUUGGAGAGCUUGCAGUUGGAGGAUACCAGCUUGCCGAUGGAUAUCUCAACCGACAGGAGCAGACGGCUUCUUCUUUUAUACCUUCACCUUAUGGCUUGAUUUACCGGACUGGAGACAAAGCGCGUGUCACCGGCGAUGGCACCAUAGAGAUUUUUGGGCGCUUAUCCGAGGGCCAGGUAAAACUCCGCGGUCAGCGGCUGGAACUGGGAGAAGUCCAGUCUGCUGUAUUAAAAACCCCUGGAUGUCACUUGGCCGUUGGGGCUGUGAUUGAUUCCAUCCUGGUUGUAUUCUGCGUUGCGGAUACUGGUGUCACGGAAGACUUGAUCAUGGACCAUUGUCGGAGCUGGCUUCCACAGUUCAUGAUGCCGGGAGAGUUAGUGCUAAUGGACGAAUUCCCUCGGCUGCCGAGUGGUAAAGUCGAUACCAAGAGGCUCAAAGCGGAAUUUAUUGAGCAAAAGGGUGGAAAGGGCCAGGGUAUUCCCGCCAUUGGCCUGUCUGACAUUGAAAAGACUAUCCUGCGAGUCAUAUCGGAUACCCUGGGAGCUGAAGCGAAUUAUGAUAUGACUCUAGCUUCCGCAGGAAUCGAUUCUCUCGUUGCCAUCAAGUUGGCAUCGGCACUUCGUUCGUCAGGGUUCAGUGUGAGUGUUGCGGAGCUGUUGAGCAUGCACACAAUUGCACAAGUAUGCUCUACAGUACGACCUCUUUCAUCUCUCGUCCAGAAUGAGGCCCCAUUGGUUGACAUCCAUCUCGUGGAUAAAUGGGCUCUAAUUGAAGAGAGCAAUACUACUCUGCAAAAUGCGGAGCUCGUUGAAGAUGUGCUAGUGUGCAGUCCACUUCAAGUGGCCAUGUUGUCAGAGACGGCGCAACAUCCGGAAGCUUACUGGAACGAGAUAGAACUCGAGGCCACUCCUGGUAUUACUGCGACGGCAAUACAUGAUGCUUUUCAUCUGCUUGCGCAGCAGAGGGAUAUUCUACGAGCAGGCUUUGUUAGUUGGGAUGGCAGCUUUGUAUCACCAAUAUUCGCAUCACUACGAUUUGAUCAGAUAGAGGUUGUGCAAGAAUUUUGUCGGCCGGAGCUAUCUGGAGACGAAGCACUACUUCAUCCGCUUCGAGUACAGAUUCAGCAGGCUAGAGCCGACGCAGGUCCACGAAUUCUGAUUAAUAUCCAUCAUGCCAUUUACGAUGGCUGGUCCAUGGAUAUCAUACUCUCGGAUUUGACUGAUAUAAUCCGCGAAAGGCCAUUGCCUCAUCGACCACAGUUUUCAAAACUGCUUACAUAUACCAGCAAUAUUCCAAGAGAUGAAUUGGACAAUGCAAAGUCAUUUUGGGCUGAAUAUCUCGUUGAUUGGAAUAAGCCAAGUCGUCCGAAGUUGAGUGCCAGGCCAGUUGAAUUCGAUGAGACGCUGUCUCUCAAGGCACAGCUUGACAUCUCCUCAGAGGUAGCCAAAGAUGUUACUAUAAACUCGAGAUAUGGCGCCCAAGUCUACUUUCAAGCGGCUUUGGCCCUCAUAUGGGGCAGUAUCGUGGGUACGUCGGAUGUCUUGCUGGGGUCGGUAACGUCUGGCCGAACCAUUCCGGUAAAAGACAUUGAGGAAAUUGUUGGGCUAAGUAUCGCGUCACUCCCUCUCCGAGUGGAUAUCGACAGCUCUGCUACGGUUUCUGAUGUCUUACGGAGCAUCAAUGAGAGCAAUCGAAAAAUCAUGGAGCAUUGCUCAUUGCCGUUGUCAGAAAUCAGGAAGCUCUCAAGACUGCAGGCGGCUGAAAGUCUCUACGACGUACUAUUCGUUUACCAAGAAUCGCUGUAUACAAAGAGUCGCAAAGACGCAGCUAUCAGAGAGAUUCGACACUUGGAUCGCCUGGAAACAAAACUGCUGUUGGAAGUGGAGCCGAAUGAUGCUGGGUUUUCGAUACAGGCUACGUAUCAUACUGAUUGGUUUCCGUCAGCCAUGGUAGAAAUACUGGUUGAGCAAGUCAAGGCGGUUUUCCAAUACAUCAUCCAGCAUCCUGAUGAGCCAAUUCGGACGGUGAGAGACGCCAUUACCAUAGACGCAUCUGUCGCGAACACUAGCCCUGAGAAACUACAAGAUGAAGUUGAUCUUGCUACUUUAUUCGAGGCCGUGGCUGCAAAAACUCCCGAGGCGGAUGCCAUCUGUUUUAGCAAAUCACUCUCAGAAGUUCCUAUGGUUGCGGAUACCAUGUCAUAUGAAUCCCUAAAUCAACUCUCUAAUCAGAUUGCUCGCUUCCUGCUUGAUCAAAGAGCUGAGCCAGGACAACUUAUCGCCAUUGUUAUGCAAAAGUCGCCCCUUCUCUACGCUUCGAUUCUUGGAAUUGCCAAGGCAAGAUGUGCAUACCUGCCUCUUCUCCCGUCUACACCGAUUGAGAGAGUGAAAGACAUUUUUGGAUCCGGAAACAUUAGGCAUUGCGUGGUAGACAGUGGCUUCGUACAUACACUUCGGGAUAUAGCUGACAUUCAAUUCUUGGACGUUGAAUCAGCUCCGUUGGAUGACUUUGCAAACAGCAACUUGGACAUGGCAGUGGAUACGUCGAGGCUGGCUUAUGUGAUUUACACCUCCGGGACUACAGGAGUGCCAAAAGGUGUAGCUGUGAGUCAGAAAAACAUUGUCAGCAAUGUUACAUAUCUCGCGUCUGUAUACCCCAGCAUGCAGAGAAAGGCCGGUCGGCUAUUACAAGCUUGUUCACAGGCAUUUGACGUAUCCGUCUUUGAGAUUUUCUAUACUUGGCACUCUGGCAUGUGUCUUUGUGCUGCUGUCAAUGAUGACUUGUUCGAGGAUUUGGAGCAUUCAAUCCGCCAGUUUCAGAUUACACACCUCAGUUUGACGCCCACAGUGGCGUCUCUAAUUGACCCCAAGAAUGUUCCCGACGUUGAGUUUCUAGUUACGGCAGGCGAGCCCAUGCCUCUGUCUGUUCUCGAUACUUGGGGAGACUUGCUGUGGCAGGGAUACGGGCCCUCGGAGACGACGAAUAUUUGCACCGUCAAGCGGAUGAAGCCGGGCGAGUAUAUCGAGCAUCUCGGCUGGUGUUUUCCUAAUACAUCAAUCUUUGUGCUUUAUCCAGAUGGCCUGUCCACUGUUCCGAUCGGUUGGAUAGGCGAGUUUUGCUUUGGGGGAGAGCAGGUCGCUGAUGGCUAUCUGAAUAUGCCAGAGCUGACGGCGGAAAAGUUUAUACAUCACCCAGAGUAUGGUCUCAUUUACCGCUCUGGUGAUAUGGGAAGGAUGCUUCCGGAUAAAUCGCUUCUUAUACUUGGCCGUAUCGAUGAUCAACUUAAGCUCAAAGGCCAAAGAAUUGAAGCUGGGGAAGUCAACAGCGUGAUAACUUCUAACCCUUCAAUCCACGCCGCGGUGACUACGUUGGUUAGACGAGAAAAUGGUGCGGCGGACCAACUUGCUUCGUUCUAUACGUUCUCCCAAGGACCCAACGAAGUGUUCAAGACGUUGGAUCCCGAUACUGAAUCUCAUCGCUCUUUAUAUGCCACUUUGUUGUCGAAGUUACCGUCAUAUAUGGUGCCUUCAUAUCUGAUACCGGUUUCUCAAAUACCCCUUACAUCCAGCGGCAAGGUUGAUCGGCGAAAACUGCAGUCUUGUUUCGAGACUUUUUCUCAAGAGUAUCUCGAAACUGUUUCUAGCACUGUAACGACACAGGAUAAUGCUGAGUGGAGCGAAUCGGAAACAAAGAUUGCAGAGGUCAUUUCACAGUCCUUGGGCGUGCCCCGAUCUGACAUUGGUCGGUGGACGCCGUUUGCAACGAUCGGCUUGGACUCGAUAUCGGCAAUUGGUGUCUCUCGCAGCCUCAAUGCUCAGCUAGAGCGUCGAGUUCCUAUUUCGGCAAUCUUGCAGCACUCGUCUGUCGCACAGCUUGCGCGAUUUGUGCAAGAUGGCUCGGGAAAAAAUGACCCUGCAAAGGAUGUAAAGGACGUAGUCUUCUUUUCCGACUCCUUCACUGAGCAAGUCCACAAAUCUUUUGCGCAGGGGGCGUAUUCGGUUGGUCAGAUACUACCGUGCUCUCCCUUACAAGAAGCGAUGCUGUCCCAAGGGAGCUAUUAUAACCGAAUUCUUCUGCGCCUUCAUCGUCCUGUUGAUGAGAUGAAGGGCUACUGGGAUGAGAUGACGCGCCGGCAUAGUAUUCUCAGAACAUGCUUUGUCACUACUGAUGAUGUUAAAUUUCCUAUUGCCCAAGUCAUCUUGGACAACUGGAGCAUUCAGUGGAAGGAGCUUACUGUUGUUACCUCUCUCGAUGAAGCUGUCCAUCAACAUUUGGCCGGCGUAUCUGACCCCUUGGAUACACAAGUGCCGCCUCUCUCUUUUGCCAUUAUCCAGCAGAAAGACUUGAUACUUUUAUCUUUUAUAUGCCAUCAUGCCCUCUAUGAUGGAGUAGCGAUGGAAAAUCUCUGGAAAGAAGUAGAAGCACUGGCGCAUGACGAACAAUUACUUCCUCCUGUCUCUUAUGCCCCUUUCCUACAAGCAGCGCUAUGUCUGCCUGAUGAUGUUGAGACCUUUUGGAGCAAUCACUUCCGAGGCUAUGAUCCCUUAACUCUAUUUAUUAAGCCUUCAGGAAGCCAGAUUGUGCAACGUACGCAGCGGGAGACUCUGGAGAUGUCAUAUGGCGAGGUCAAAACCCGGCUGAGAUCUCUUGGAGUAUCAUUACUCUCGGUAUGUCAAGCAGCUUGGGCAGACACUCUUGCAGUCUGUUCAACUUCCACCGACGUCUGUUUCGGACUCGUCAUGAAUGGCCGCACAUUGGACAUUGAAGGUCUCGACAGAUUGGUUGCUCCCUGCUUCAACACGAUUGCAAUUAGAAAAGAUGUUUCCACUUCUUCUCGCAAUAUUGAUCUAGCCAAGUCGUUUCAGCGGCUCAACUCUGAUGUUCAAAGGUAUCAGUUCUCGCCUCUACGAUUGAUUCAGAAACUCGGUGCGAAAGAGGGCCGCAGGCUCUUUGAUACGUUGCUGCUGCUUCAGAGCCCCUUGCAAGACAUGGAUGCUGGGGUAUGGACACUUGAAGAGGAUAAUGGAGAUAUGGAUAUCCCCGUUGUUUGUGAAGUUGUUCCACAUUCCAGUUCAGACUCUAUCACUAUUAACUUGCAUUAUGAUGAGGGUGCUCUUAGUGAGGAUGUCGGAUCAACACUUGCCGAGGUGUUCAAGGAUUUUUUCCAAACUAUUCUGGAUCAUCCUUCUGCUGCUCUACCCGAUAGAAACUAUCUACAGCCUGCUCAUCUAUCUGUAUUGAGGACUGUCACUGCAAAGAGGAAUACUCUUGUGGCAUUAGAGGAACUUGAGCAGAACGACGCGGAAUGGACAGAGCUACAGAAACAGAUUCGUCAAGUUCUUUCAAGCCUCUCUGGCAUACCAAUACAAAAGAUUCACCCUGAAACAAGCAUUUUCAGGCUGGGUUUGGACAGUAUAAACGCAGUUCAAGUGGCUGCCAUGCUUCGACGAGAGGGAUUCAUGGUGUCUGCAUCCGAUGUCAUUGAAGGCCAGACUUGUGUCAAAUUGGCAGAGAGGAUAUCUGCAAGCUCCAAAGACGGCGAGGACGCAUCUGGAUAUAACUUUGACAAAUUCUCCCAAGAGAUUGCGGCUCAGGUUCAAGACAAGGUGCCUGAUACUGCGACCAUAGAGGCAAUCCUUCCGAGUACACCCCUUCAGUGCGCAAUGCUGGUGUCAUUCAUCCAGUCUCGAGGGCAAAAUUAUCUCAACCUUUUGUCAUAUGCAGUGGACAAUACUGUUUCAGAGGACAAUUUGAUUCGUGCCUGGAAAGCCCUUCAAAUUCACCACCCUAUGCUUCGGACAGGAUUUACUGCAGUCCAGCAUCGGCAUAGCUCAUUUGCAAUGUUGAGAUACUCUGAUACAUCAGCAUCCAUUGAGACAGUCAAUCACAUAUUCCGUCUGGAAUCACAGGAUAAACUGCAAGAAUGGAAUGAAAAAGAAGCAGCGGCAAUCUUAAGCAAUCUCCAUCUUCCGCCUUGGAGGAUCUCGCUGGCGAAGACUGAUGGCGGCCUCAUGAUGAAUGUCCUGGUACACCAUGCUCUAUACGAUGCGCAUUCUCUUGAUAAGAUGAUGGGUGACUUAUCAAGGCUUGUGGCUGGGCAAAAUAUCAAUCAACGAUCUAUUGAGCCUGCAUUGAAUGUUAUCCUAUCCAGAAGCCUCAAUGAAGAAGAUGCUACGCAAGAGUUCUGGAAGGAAAAGGCCGAAAUGGCAGUGAUAAACACUUUUCCUGUCAUGACACCUUUGCGAGAAGAUGAGAGAGCAAUGAUCUCUCAUGAUAUCAAAGCUUCUAUGACGCUUUCAUCCUUGCAAAUGGCAACCACGAAACAAGGGGUCUCCAUCCAGGCAGUCAUCCAGGCUGCGUGGACACGAAUCCUUUCCUCAUACUUGGGCGAAGACUCUGUCGUAUUUGGUGUCAUUCUCUCUGGCCGUGGCAUGGAAGAGACACGAGAUGCGCCGUUUCCUUGUAUGAACACCAUUCCUGUUGUUGCUGUGAAUCAGCCAUCGAAUACUGAGUUGACUCGCUACAUGGUGGAAUACAAUGCCAACGCACAUAGGCAUCAGCACACGCCUCUAACUCGGAUUCAAAAAUGGCUGGGCCACCCUGCGACACCCGUGUUUGAUACACUCUUAGUCUACCAGAAGCUGGAGACUGAGUCUGGCGUCACGAAGCGUUGGAAGCUUGUAAACGAUGAUGCCACUGUUGAUUAUCCAGUGUCAUUGGAGGUUAAGCCGCAUAAUGACGAGAUCCAGAUUUGCAUCACAUUUUUCAGUGACAUUUUACCAAGAGAACAAGCAGAGUUGCUCGUCAGACAAUUUGAUGCAAUGAUGACACACAUUGCUACCGAACCCAACGGCGACGAGGAUGGCAUCUAUCGAUUGAAGCCGGAUCUCUUUGCGAUAACACCUCCCAUUGCACCAGAGCUGCGUGCUCCUGUGCAGUUUUUGCAUCAGUUUGUUGAAGAAAGGGCCCUAUCACACCCGGAUGAUGUCGCUCUGGAGUUUGUUGACAGAUUUGAUGGCUCCCGUCCGGUGAAGCAGGUGUGGUCUUAUGCUGAAUUCGACGCGAUGGGCAAUAAGAUGGCCAACUUGCUAAUGCAGGUUGCUCCCAUAGGGAGCAUCAUUGCUAUUCAUUUUGACAAGUGCCCAGAGGCGUACAUUUCUAUUCUCGGAAUUCUCAAGGCUGGAUGUGCCUUUGUUGCGCUUGACCCUAGUGCUCCUAGCGACAGAAAGGAGUUUAUUCUCAAAGACUCAAUGGCACCUUGCUUGUUGACAGCUUCCGAUGGCAACAUAGAUUUUGAUACAGACGUCAACGUUGUACGUAUUGAUCUUGAAGAUAUUGAACCGAUUUCUGAUCAGCCACGCGACCUGCGUGGUGCUUUCACCCCUGAUACGACAUGCUAUUGUCUGUAUACAUCGGGCACGACGGGAACUCCAAAAGGAUGCGAAAUCACACACGACAACUGUGUGCAGGCAAUGAUGGCUUUCCAAGAGCUCUUCAAAGGGCACUGGAGCGAUGAUUCUAGAUGGCUUCAGUUUGCCGCCCUUCAUUUCGAUGUCUCUGUCUUGGAGCAAUACUGGAGUUGGUCGGUCGGCAUUACGGUCGUUGCUGCUCCAAGAGAUCUCAUUCUGGAUGACUUGAUUGCAUCCAUCAACAACCUUCAGAUUACACACAUUGAUCUAACGCCAAGUUUGGCUCGCCUUACUCAUCCAGAUGAGGUGCCGGGCUUGUGUAGAGGCGUGUUUAUCACGGGUGGUGAACAGCUCAAACAAGAAAUCUUGGAUGCAUGGGGACCGAAAGCAGUUAUUUACAAUGCGUAUGGUCCAACGGAGGCGACGAUUGGCGUGACAAUGUACCAGAGAGUACCCAUCAAUGGAAGACCCAGCAACAUUGGCAAACAGUUUCUCAACGUGGGAUCCUACGUUUUCCGUAAGGGAACCGAGAUUCCUGUCUUGCGAGGUGCUGUUGGAGAACUCUGCGUUUCUGGAAGAUUGGUCGGUAAAGGAUAUUUAAAUCGCAAGGAACUUACCGAAGAGAGAUUCCCGACGCUUUCAGAGUUUGGGGAAAGAAUUUAUAGGACUGGCGAUCUUGUCCGUAUUCUCCAUGAUGGAUGCUUUGACUUUCUUGGUCGUGCAGAUGACCAAGUCAAGCUCCGUGGACAACGUUUGGAGAUUGGCGAGAUUAACCACGUCAUUCGCACUGGUGUCCCCGAGAUUAAAGAUGUCGCGACAAUUGUAAUCAAGCAUGCAUCUAGUGGGAAAGAUGUUCUCGUCUCGUUCCUGGUCGGAGAGCAGCAGUCCAAAGUCAUAUUGGCUCCGUUGGUGGAUGAGGCGAAUCUGGGCGCAAAGGCCAAAGAAGCAUGCCGAGCAAAGCUUCCGGGUUACAUGAUUCCCACGUAUUUCUUGGCCCUUCCAUAUAUCCCGCUGUCUCCCAACAACAAGGUCGAGGCAAAAGAGUUGAAGAAGCUAUUCAACGGCUUGUCUCAUGAGCAAUUGAUGGAUCUGACGGCACCAAAGACUGCUCCUCGAUCUGUCAACGGCGAAACGGGCCAUAAAGUGAUACAGGUACUGUCCGAUUUUACGGGUAUCGCCUCGGAGACGAUUGAUGGAGAGACAAACAUCUUUGACCUUGGAGUAGACUCCAUUAGCGCUUUAUCACUAUCUACGCUCUUCAAGGAACGGGGGUUUGUAGCAUGCUCGCCAGCUAUUCUGCUACGAAAUCCCAUUGUCGCAGACCUUGUUGCAGCGCUCUCUGAAAAGCUCUCGCCAUCUCAUAAGGACAGCCGCGUGAAGGAAUCACAGCAAUUGAUACAAGCAUACCACCAUCGAUACCGCGCACUUGCUUGCAGCGUCUUACAUCUUCAGGGAGAAGAUAUCGAGUACAUUGCGCCAUGUUCAGCACUCCAACAGGGAAUUAUUUCCAAGUCCGUCACAGAUGAGAUACGAGGUACAUACUUUAACUCAUUUGUGCUGAGUUUGAGUGGUGAUGCUUCGGAAGAGCGAUUAAAGGUAGCUUGGACAGAGCUCAUAGAUUCCGAGUCUAUUUUACGAACGGCAUUUGUCAACACUACGGAUGGCUAUGUUCAAGUCGCGUUGAAGAAUCAGGAUUUACGCUGGAUUGAACAAACUGUGCAGAACGAUGAAGACACCAAUACGUUUUUGGGCAGCCAGUGGCAGAAAUGGGUUCAGCAAAACAGUGAACAUGUUAUUGCACCGCUUGAAGCAAUUUUAAUAAAGGGACCCAGCUUCAAGAAACUAGUUGUUCAUAUUUUCCAUGCGAUAUACGACGGGAAUAGUUUUGACUUGAUGCUGAAACGGCUAAAGUCUAUCUAUGCUGGGAGAUUUACGGUGCCAUCUCCAUCAUUUAUAGAAGCGCUGUCUCAUGGCCCAUUAUGGAGACACGAUGACUGCCGCAAAUAUUGGGAAGGCCAUCUCCAGGGCUGGACGAGUUCUUCGAUCCUUCAGCUUUCAUCUCCACAUGAUCGUGCUGCCUCAGAAGUUCGGACCAUCGAUGGGAGUCCUUUGGAGGAUGUUCGAAAGAGACAAAAAGUCACUUUGCAGCCAGUCAUCAUGGCACUGUGGACAUCUGUUCUUCAGAAAUAUUACCCUGAUGGGUUAACAGUGGGCCUGAUUGUCUCUGGCAGAUCAAUAGAUCUUCCCGGAGUUGAAAAUACAAUAGGUCCGCUCUUUAACACUAUGCCCUUCUUCAACAAGACGCUGAGUGGCCAAAGCUGGGCGUUGCUCAUCCAGAAAUGCAGCGAGUUUAGCACAAGCAUAUUGCCGUUUCAACACGUUCCGCUGAAGAGUAUCCAGAAGUGGUGUGCUAGCGGUCGGCAAUUGUUCGAUAACCUCUUUGUGUUUGAGGUGGAACGGAAGACAAGGGAUCGAUUCCCGAAUCUUUGGCAAAUAGAGGAUGGGCCUUUGAAUCCAGAUUAUCCGUUAGCGUUUGAAGCCAAAAGGUUGUUGAAUGGCAAUGUUCAACUUACGCUUGUUGCACAACGAUACGUGGCGGAUGAGUCAAAGCUUCAAGAAAUGCUAGAUGAACUUGAAGAGAAUAUUCGACUCAUGGUUGCUGAUGUUCCGUUCCCAAAGUCUGCUGAAGAGAACGGAAUACCGCUUUCAGUCGAGCAAAAUGGGUUCAAGUCAGUAGAUGACGAAGAUGACCAAACAUUCGAGUGGACUGACCAGGCUCUUGGCAUCAGAGAUGCAAUCGCCUCGCUUUCCGGCCUGGAUGAUGCUGAAAUUUUAGCUGCAAAGACAAUUCUCGAACUUGGUCUGGAUAGUAUUGAUGCGAUUCAGCUUUCUGCCAGGCUCAAGCAAAGAGGCAUCCUGUUACCCGCUUCUCAAAUCCUGCGCCAACAGACAAUUGCAAAGAUGGUGGCAUCUAUUGAGAUGCAGCACUCUGGAGAACUAUCCAACGGCCAUACAGACGCUGCUUUCGACAAACUUGAGCAGAAGCUCUGGUCAUAUGCCAAAAAGGUCGGGUUGAACACAAGUGAUGUAGAAGAUGUGCUACCGCCAACGCCUCUUCAAGAAUCUAUGGCUGCCGGGAUGAUACACUCUGACUUUGAGUGGUAUUUCAAUCACGAUGUUCUUGAGGUUUCAGCAGAGGUCGACGUUGAGAAACUCCGAGAAGCAUUCCUUGUGGUCAUCGACCGAUCGCCGAUUCUUCGAACGGGAUUCCUUGAAGUGGAUGACUUGCAGCUCGAUAUGGCAUACUGCCAGGUUGUGCGUAACCACUGGAGCCAGAAGAUCAAAAGUGUCCAAGUGCAAGAUUUGAGUGAGAUGGGUGCUCUCAUCGAGGAUGCAAAACAGAUCGCGAGGGCAAGCCACGGAGUUGAUGCUCUGUUCCAGCUCAAAUUCGUGAUGUGCAAAGCAAAGACGUUUGUUCUUGUUUCGAUUGCGCAUGCUUUGUACGAUGGAUGGUCGCUGAGUCUACUUUAUCGAGAUUUAGAGACGGCGUACCAUGGUGAAUUGCAGGCGAGAACAUCUGCGAAGCCGUUUCUUCAAAGAAUAUUUGCCUCGGCCACUGAUGAUGCCCGUCGAUUUUGGGCUGGUUAUCUCGACGGCGUUAAGCCCUCGAUUCUUCCAGAACUGCCAGAAGAUGGCGUGAACAAAGCUCUGUAUCGCAGUGAAUAUCCUGCAAGCAAACGCAUGACUGAAAUCUCCUCCUUUUGCAAGAAACAGGGCAUCAGUUUGCAGGUGCUGUGCCAAGCUUGCUGGGCUCUUGUGCUCGCUCACCAGAUCAAGGCCCUGGAUGUGACGUUUGGUGUUGUCAUGUCGGGUCGCGAUUUCGAAGGAGCUGAAGAUUUGAUGUUUGCCACUAUCAAUACAGUAGCGCUCAGAUGCAUUCUGCAUGGAACUUCGGUGUCCUUUUUACGAUACCUUGAGGCGAGCAUGGCGGAUAUCCGGGAUCAUCAAUCGUAUCCGCUGAGAAAGAUUCAAAAUGCGGUGCAUUUGUCUAGCGGCGAACUGUUCAACACGCUGUUUAUGCUUCAAAAAUUCCCACACAGCUCAUCUGCGAAUCCGUUGUUGAAGUCCGUCGAUGGUGCUUCAGCAGUUGACUAUCCUGUGAGCGUCGAGGCGGAAGCUGUUGGCGAUGAUCUCGUAUGGCGCGUCGCUUGCCAGUCGCAAUUUAUUGCCGAAGAUGGGGCUGAACAGUUGUUGGAAGAUUUGGACCGAGUUUUGGGGUAUCUGACACACUCGAAAGAGCUGGAGAUACUCUCAUUCGAGGAAAAUCGUGUUUCGAUAGCUGGAUUGUCGUUCAUUUCGCUGGCUGGAGAUGCACCUCUGACUAAUGGUGAAGGGCAAAGCGCAGCUAUUGAAGAAACAGACGAACUUGACGAGACUGCUCUGAAGAUUCGGAAAAUCCUCAGCUACGUGUCGGAUAUUCCAGAAGAGUCCAUCAGGCCGCAGAGUAAUCUCUAUCACCUUGGCCUAGACUCUAUCAGUGCCAUCAAACUGUCUUCUCUCUUGCGCAAGGAAGGUCUCUAUCUUAACCCAAGAGAUUUCAUCAGAGCGACGAGCAUCAGCCAAAUGGCGCAACUUGCGACGCCUCUGCAGACAAGCGGCAACACUGUUCACCCGAAAGAAACGACGUGGACCCCUGAAGACAUUGGCGUGGAAGAGCUUCUUGCUGGCGCGCAUAUUUCCAAGGACAAUGUCGAGAUGAUUCUGCCAGCGUUGCCUAUGCAAGUUUACAUGAUCAGUGCGUGGCAGAAUGCGGAGGGUAAUGUCUUUUAUCCUGAAUUUCGGUAUCUGGUCGAGGGAACUGUCAGUGUUGAAGACGUGCAGUUGGCUUGGCAGUCACUGGUUGCUCAGACCCCGAUUCUGCGCACUGUUUUUAUUACCACAGAUUCUCCCCAGCAACCACUUUUGCAGGCCAUUCUCAAGACCAGUCACCAGUCCGAUGAUUCUGUCGUCAGGCCAAUGGUGAGCCUUGGUGCCGUGAGAAGAGAAGAUGGCAAAAUAGCAAUCAAGCUAAAGAUUCACCACGCACUCUACGAUGGCGUCAGUAUUCCGGUAAUCAUGAACCGUUUGUCAGAGCUUCUCAAUGGAAAAUCUCUCGGGAUUGAGCAAGGUAUUGAUGAAUGGUCAAGAUACACCAUCCAACCAUCCCUUGAAGAUUCCCGACAGUCUCGCAGAGCUUUUUGGACGUUAUACCUGCAAGGCUGCUCCUCAGAUGACGACUCUUCUGCCUCUGUCAUGGCCGGCAAGCACCGGGUGUCGCAUUUACGACGGUCCGCAGUGUCGAAUAUCGCGUACCUUCAAACAGCGGCCAAAGAUAAAGGCAUCAGCCUACAAGCACUCUUCUUUGCAGCAUAUGCCAAAAUUCUUGCAGCAGCAAGUACCGGAGUGACAAGUGAUGACGGAAAGAAGAUUGUCGUGUUUGGGAUUUAUCUUGCCAAUCGAACAGACGAAGCUCUCCCUCUGACAUUCCCGACGCUCAAUCUUGUUCCUUUGAGAGUUCGACUGGCACCCACCGACAGCAUUCUCGAAAUUGCCGACAUGAUACAGAAUGACAUUCACCUUAUCGCUGCUGAAGGCCGUGCCGAUGUCGGUCUUUGGGAGGUUGCAGCUUGGACAGGAGUCAAGAUUACUUCGUUUGUCAAUUUCCUCAGUCUUCCCGAUGCCAUCCCCGAAGCUCCCAACGGCAACGCAGCAAAUAUCGAACUGAUUCAAGUCCGAGACGAAGAGUUUGCUCAAGAGGCGGAAGAAGUAGUGUUUCACCCUUGUCUGCGGAAGAAUCCCGUGAGAGACGCGUUCCCGGCUGCAAUAGACAUCGAAGCAUCGAUUCAUGGGAAAAGUCUCGAUAUUGGAAUAUUUGGGUCUCGUCAACGACUAUCCGACCAAGGCGCGAUUCAUCUGAUUGACGAGAUUGUUUCAUAUUUGGAGGAAUUGAAAGGCGAAGAAAGUGCAGAGAAUGGCGAAGACGGCUCAGAAAUGGAAGCAUGGGCAUCGACCUGGGCGACUGGCAGCAGCAACAAGAAAUGA